AUGGAUAUUGAGAUGUCUAGACGGAAUAAAAAACCAAGACUGCUCCUCGAGUCAGAAAAGCAGAAACUCGAAGAAUUUGCGGAUGGCAUUCACUACUCUGCCAGAUACUCCGACAGCGAGUAUGAAUACAGACACGUCCAACUGCCCAAGAACAUGCUUAAGAAGAUCCCCACCGAAUACUUUGACCACUCCAAAGGAACGUUGAAGCUGCUGUGGGAGGAAGAGUGGCGGGGACUUGGGAUCACUCAGAGCCUGGGAUGGGAACAUUACGAAGUCCAUGAACCAGAACCACACAUCUUACUAUUCAAGCGACCGGUGAACUACCAGCCUCCCGUCGCCCAGUAA